AUGCUUUUUACCAACCCUGUGUUCCCAGUGGCCUCCCCUGCUCCUUCACCUGACUGCCUACAGCCUCUAGACUGUCCCUUGUCAAGGGUACUGAUCUCUUCCUCAGAUUCUUUGGGGUCACACCCAUCCCAGCCUUUGAAUCCUCUAGGAGGCAGUAUAUCCCCAUCACCUGCACAUUCUUCUAGCCCAGUUUCUUCUCAACCUGUGGUAUGCCCUCCUUCCAUGCCUGAUCCAAUCCUGAAUCUUUCUACAAGUUAUUUGAUGGAAGCCCCACCUGGCACCACCCCUCCUGACAAUUGUGGGUUGCUUUCUAUUCCUGCUACCACCUCUGACAUCCAGGAGCUGCUGGAGAUAGAGAUCAGUAAUAAAUCCACACUGAACGUUUGUCAGGGGAGGAGAAGGAAGGGAGAAGACAAGGUAGAGACAUCUCUGAGGAAUGUACUAAGCACACUGGACAGUAAGCAGGACACUGCUACCCCACAAUCCUUUUGCAACACAAAUGGAAAACCAGAACAGCUUGCUCGUCCCCAGCAGCAUAUUUUACCCAGCAUAGUUUGGAACCACUUACAGCAGGAUAGCACCCAGCUUUUCUGGGGCCUGCCCUCUCUGCACAGUGAGUCCUUGGUGCAUCUUUCCUGGAAGCAAACGAGGUCAUCCUCUGUCCAAUAUCUAUCUUUUGCAUUUAAUUACGUUAGCCCAGCUGAGCCUCAACCUAAAGAUGCUCCACAUUGUUCCCAGGCAGAGACCCUGCGCCAAAUUAUGGGUGAAUCUGAGCUUUGGUCACAAAACAUCCAACCAAUACUAUCUCAGAUCCACACUGAGCCCCAACUCCCAUGUUUUAUCCAAAAGCACCCUCCACCUUCCCCAUCCAAGAUUAGGAAUGUACCUUACACUCCACUUCAACAGAGGAAAAAACCAUUCAUUCUAAAUGAAGCUCUGGACAGGUCUUUGAAGCAAUUAAAUGGGAGGAAGGAUUUAGCUUCUAAGUUACAAACAACAGCAGAAACACUUAUCCCACCCACUGGCAACCUUCCCCAGGUCAGCAAGGCCACCCAGACUAACAAGUUGGACUUCACCCUUUCCGGUGAUUCUAUGAGCUCCAACAUCCUCAAACAGGCAGUCAUCAAAGAUGAACAACAGCCUGGCUGUUCCUUAAGACAAACAGUAUACCAGGACUUGAUGCAACCUCCAGGCAAACUGACAGUGAAUAAUCAGUGCCAGUCACAGUGCAAGCACGAACUCUUAGCACAGCCAUCCCAGCUUUCUGCCAUCCCUUGUAAAGGCAGCAACAGUGUGCAGAAGAUAGACCUAGCAAUGGUAGCACUGAAUGACCCAAGCAAGGGUGUAGAGCAUUAUCAGGAAAGGGAUCUGUCUGAAGAUCAAGCCUGGAGUUCAGGAAGCACCCUACUGAAGGGAUGUGAGGCCAACCUUUCAGAAGGUGACUGUAUCAUCCCAAAAACAUCUCAGGACCAGACAAGCAGUUAUUUACCUAAUACCUCAAACAAGAAACAUGUAGAAAAAGUCCUGACAUUCCACAUGGGCAGGAAGUUGAACCAGAUGAAGGAGGGCAUGAUCCCAGUGUGUGUGCGACAGUCCUGCCUCACUACUAGCCAUGCCUCUCCCAAACCCAAUGCCCAUGUCACAUCCACCAAUCAAUCAUCCUGCAAGUGUUUGCCAGCCAUCGCAAACACCUCCCAGGAGCUUUCCUUCCUGGAUGCCCAAACUCUCCUGAUUCUAGAAAUACAUAUUGUAAGAUACAGGGUGAGGCACAAGUGGAAUCCACAAAUGCAGAGCAGUGACCCAGGGACUCUCAACUUACAUGAGACUCCAGCCUCGCCCUUGGCACAGCCUGCCAUUUCCUCCCCACCUUCCACAGACUCUCAGGUGAGCUCCAUUGCCAAGGUGGCUAAUAGCCAGGAAGAUCUUCAGGAAAGUCUAGUGGAGAAGAUGGUUAAGAAAAUGCUAUCUCCCACAUCGCAAGGUCCAUUUUCUGUCCAUAAGCCUACAGAGCUGCUAAAAACUCAGAGCAGAACUCUAUCUGGUGAAAUCCAUGGGCCAGCAGAGGCUGCUCCAUCUAGACAGGACAGUCUGGACGUUCAGUACCCCACCUACAGUUUCCUACACAGAACUAGAAAGAACAGGCCUGUUCUGGAGACUGGACAGGGAAGACUUAAGCCAAGUCCAAACUUAGCAGUUUCUAUGCAUGAGCCAGGAGAGAUGAGUGGCAGCAUAGCCUUCGAAGAGCCCUGCCUUAGCAGGAUGUCUCCAGACAGUAAAGGAAUGUCCCAGCUUUCAGUAGCUGAGACAAGUGAGACUGUUGAGAUCAAAGAGACACCUCCUUCAACUGGGGGAGCCAGUGUAAUAGAAAAUUCCAAAAUAAUGAAUAAUGGAAACAUUUCAGGGUCUCCUAAGACCGAGAAAAGCUGCUCCCCCUCUAGCAUGUCUAUUUUGCAAGACCCAGAAUAUACAGACCUGAAAUCCUGGGUAGUUAGCGAGGUUCAAAAACAAGUGGAACUCAAACUAGAAAAUCAGUUCCAGCACCAGAAAUCUAGCAUCUUUCAACAUGGCCAUAUUGACAAACUCUCCACCCAAGUGAGCCUGCCUUCUUGGGCCUCUGGCUCUACAUCCCAGAUCAUGACUAGCAGCAAAAUAUCAACUCCUCAAAUCAAGUGUAGCCUCAUACUGAGGAGGAGGCCCAGCCAGGAACAGCCAGAAACAAAGAGCUCUAGAGCUCAGGUUACAGGAAAGAAUCAGAGUAAAAUGUUCACUGCCUCCGAUGGAAGGCAGGGCUGUAGGAAGCUUGCAUCAGGACUUCCCGAAGGGUGGCGGGCAGUGGUGAGGCCUUCCCAGUCCUGUGGGCUCAGCCCCCUUGUUGAGGUUAAUGAACAAGGUGCCAUUGGAAGAAAGACAUUUCCAACUUCCCCACAGAAGGCACACAAUUCUACAGAAAGUCAUGUCCACAAAAGGGUGCAGAAUUUUCUGCACUUUGCCAAUGCUAGUACCAAGGAGAGAAGGCAGGAUGACCCCCUGCCAAAUGUCGAAUGUUCAUCUGUAACUACCCAGAGCAGACCAUUCAUGGACAGUGGAACAGCUGACGCCCAGACACUUACGAAGGCUGUUGGGAAGAUUAAGGUAGACAAACUGGGACUUCAGCAUGGCGAUGGUCCACCAGAGGUGCAUAAAAGAAAGCCUUAG